GGAAAAGCCUCUCGUGAAACCCGGCCAUGAAGCUACUGCAUAUGGUGAAACAUUCCCAGAAAACAUUCCCCUGGAUAUCUGCGUUCAAGUUUUGUCCCCAAAACUACUGGAGCAUCGAGUCUACGAUGAAGUUUGUCUUUCGCAUAGCAACCCAAUCCAAUCGAAAUGUCCGACGGAAGACCAUCAAGUAAAGAGCAAAUAGAAGCUGGUAAUAUGGAUGAGCCAUCAGCUGAUGAACUACAAGGAGAACCAGCUCCUGAUGAGGAGGAUCAAGUAGCAGAGGAGGCUGCUCCUACCCCAGUGGCUGAAGAAAGGCCUGCAUCAGCAACACAGAGACCUCCUUCUGCAUCUCAGCGUCCUCCAUCUGCAUCACAAAGACCCCCGUCAGGCACAGAAAGGCCCCCCUCAGCCAGUCAACGACCGCCGUCAGCCAGCCAGCGGCCCCCUUCAGCCAGCCAACGCCCUCCCUCAGCUACCCGGCCACCCUCUGCAGGGAGUGGGCGGCCAGCUUCAGCUGGUCGACCCUCGUCUGCUGCACGUCCCCCAUCUGCAGGGGCAAGACCGGCAUCUGGUUCCAGAAGAUCUGGGUCAGGUGCCCAGAGGCCUCCAUCUGGAGAGAGAAGAUCACCUGCUCCAGCCCAAGCCUCUCCCCCUGCCACGCCCCCUGGUGUUGAGGAAGAGGAUGCAGGUCCUUUACAACUUGAACCCGAGCCUGCAGGAAUACCCCAACAAGAUGACAUUCCCCAGGGAUAUACCAGCAUCCCUCCCAUGGAUACCGCCCAGAUGAUGGGUGGUGAGGUGGAGGAAGAGGAGGAAGAAUACCAACCCAGAUUUGGAAGACAAGGAGAAGAAGAUUAUGAUGUAGACUCAGAGGCAUCAGAUGAUGAGAGUGAGAUGGUGGUCCUGGAUCCAGACCAUCCCUUGAUGAGACGCUUCCAAGACGCCCUGAAGGGCCACCUCACCAAGCAGAUGAAGAAGGUGGAGCUGGAGGUGCGGGAGCUGAAGGAGGCCCUCAAGGGCAAGCUCCAUGACAGGGAGGAGCUUGGAGUCAAUCUCUACGGCAUGCAGCAGGAACUUGCUAGACAGCAGACUCUACUGGAGAAGAAACACGAUCAGAUGGGGCAGCUUUCACAGAUGAGGGCACAGUGCGAGGAACAGCUCAGGGAGGUCAGGGAGAUGUAUAAGAAGACUCAGCAGAAUGUCAAUAGCCAGAGGAAAGAAUCGGCUGCACUCCAGACUGAAGUUGAAAACUUGGCCCUUCAUCUGUACUACAUGACCAAUGCUAAGGAAGACAUCAGGGGAGACAUUGCUGUCAUGCGUAGGGCAGCGGAGAAGGCGGACACAGAGGUCUCCAAUGCAGAGGAAGACAAGCAAAAACAGGACCUGUAUGUUGACCGUCUGACUGAGACAGUAGAUAAACUGAGGGAGCAGAUUGCCCUGUAUGAAGCCCAGAGCUCAGCUCAGGGAGAGGAAACAAAAGCAGCCAAGGAGGCCUUAUCAGAAGCUAGGAUGGAAAUUGAAUCCAUCAAUCUUGAAAAGAAGCAAUUAUUUCAGCAGUGGAACAGCAGUCUGAUUGGAAUGAGACGUAGAGAUGAAGCACAUGCUGCUAUGCAGGAAGCCCUCAGUCAGCAGAAGCAGCACAUCAUGUCACUGGCCACCGAGAUCGAGGGUUACAAGAAAUCUAUCAUGAAGGAACAAGAGAACAACGAGACCCUCACGCUGCUGCUUCAGAAGAACGAGAUCGACAUCAACUCACUUAGGAAACAGAUUGCUACCAGCCAGGAUAGGCAGGAGAAGAUCAAACAGGAAUACAGCACCUACUCACGUAUGCUCCAUGAGACGGAGCAGGCCCUCAACAGGGCAACAACAGACCGCACACUAAGGGUCAACGAGCUGACCGCCUUGAGGAAGCAGAUAGAGAGAGAAUAUCAGGAGAAGCUGAGGCUUGAGGAAUCCAUCAUGGACACCCUGCGCAACAAACUCACCAUGGACAAGGCUGCCCACUAUGCCAAGAAGAUGACGGGCAACAUCCGGAAGCGCAUCGCUGAUCAGGAAGCUGCCAAAGCUAAGGUUGAGAAUGAGAUCUCCCAAGACACCCUGGACCUGUCCAACACCAACACCAGGGUUGAACAGCUACGGAAGUCUCUCAAGGAACUAGACAAUGAGAUCCAUGAGAAGAACCAGAUCAUCUCUCGUAGCGAGGGUGAGAUCGUGAAGAGGAAUGCUGUCAUCGAGCGCAAGCAGGGACAAAUUGACCAGUAUAACAAGAAGAUAGAGGCGGUGACAAGUGCUCAAGGUGGUGAAGAGCUUGGCCCUCUAGAGCAGGAAGUCAAUGCCUUGACCAAGAACAUUGACACCAGGACACAGGAGAUCGCUGACCUUCAGCAGUUCUGGCUACGGCAGCAGGGUGAACUGGUCAAGAUGACCCAAGACAAGGAUAACCAACAGAUGGAGGUAGACACCAUGAAGAAAGCUCUGACCAUCCUCCAUCAGAAGAAGAUGAGGAUUGAAGGUGAGAUCGAAGGACAACUUUACGAUCGCAAGAUGGUGGACAAGAGCAUACAGAACAUGCAGAAUGACAUGCUGAAACUAAACCAACUACUCACCCGGGAAGGCAAGAUAAGACAGGAUCUACAACAAGAUAAUGUUCUCAUUGAGAAUGACUUUGUGCUUUCUCUCAGGGAGGCUGAGAGAGAAUCACUUGAGAUGCAAGCCAAACUUGAUGAACUUGGUGAGGAGAAGGAGAGACUCCUCAACAGCUUGGUAGAGGCAGAACGUCAGAUAAUGUUAUGGGAGAAGAAGACUCAGCUAGCCAGAGAAGCCAAGGCUACAGUAGACUCUGAGGUCGGUCAGGGAGAGAUCAGGGCGAUGACUGCUGAGAUACAUCGUAUGGAGGUGCGUCACACCCAGCUGAUGAAACUCCAAGAGAAGCUCAUCCAAGACAUGGAGAAGGCUGUAUCCCGUCGUGACACCAUCGUGACUAGAGGCGACGCCCAGUCUAAGAUGAACAAGAAGGUAGAGACUAAGGGAGCAUUCCAGAAGAAACUCCUGGAGCUCAAGAAGAAGAUCAAGGAGACUCAGCAGGAUGCAAACAGCUGUGACAAUGACAUCUCUGAGCUGCGUAGCCAUCAACAGAUGUUGAACCAGCAGCUUGAUAACAAACAGAGAGAGUUCCAUGAACUACAGAGUAUGGCUGAUACACAGGACGGUGACAUUGAGAGAUUAGUUGAACUCAAACAAAAGCAUCUUGCUGAUAUCGUCUCUCGGCAACGCAAGGUCAAGAACUACCAGGCCCUGAAGGAUGGCAAGUACACUCUGCUCUGCAAGACGGAGGCUGCCCUCGAGGCCGAGUCCCAGAAGCAGCUUGACAAGAUGCAAACCGUUGCUACCAUUGCUGACCGUCUUAUCACAGAGUUCCCUCAGAUCCAGCCAGCCAUGCGACGCGUCCAGAUGGUGCUGAGCUCAAGGGGUGGAGCCGAUGAUGACAUGUAGAUGAGUGGAGUUUCCCUUCAGAUAGUAUAAAGCACAACCCGCUCUGUUACACUGAGGAAGCCACCUUGUGAUAUUUUGUUUCUUAAAUGCUUUUUAAAAAAGAAAUGGGGAUGAACCAGCAAUACACUACAAUGAUUGCUCCUCAAACUCUGUUGUUGUUUACUUUUAUAUUUACCAAAUGCACCUGGGGAGGGAAUUUUCCUCAUUUUUGUUUCAGGUAGGUCUUCUAUUUCAAUUUUUCUUUGUAAACUUGUUUGUUCUUUCUUCUUGGUCUUCAGGAAUUAAGGGUGUGUCUUUUUUAAAUGAGUUACAACUUACAAUAAAUAAUACAAAGGGAAAA